CGGAUCCGCGAGCGCCACCAAGGCAGCAGCCGCCGCAGCCGCCGCCGCUGUGCUGAGGAGCCGGAGACGCGGGCGGACGAGGUGGCGGCGGCGGCGGAGCGGGAGCGGGGAGCGGACGCGGGCGGAGCGCGGCGGCGCGGGUGCUUUCCAGAGAGCAAUUUUCAAACAUCUUUGCUUAUAUUUGACAUUGAGCAGUCAGGGGAUUCAGGCAUAUGAGGAGGUACUGUUACCCAAAACAGUGUCUAGUGAAGACGACAAGAAAGAGAGAAAAGGAUCGUAAAAAGAAGCUAAAAUACCAUAGGAAACCAUGAGAUCUAUUAGAUCUUUUGCCAAUGAUGAUCGCCAUGUUAUGGUGAAACAUUCAACAAUCUAUCCUUCUCCAGAGGAACUUGAAGCUGUGCAAAAUAUGGUGUCUACUGUUGAAUGUGCUCUUAAACAUGUCUCAGAUUGGCUGGACGAAACAAACAAAGGCACAAAACCUGAGGGGGAGACAGAAGUAAAGAAAGAUGACGCUGUGGAAAACUAUUCCAAGGAUCAAGGUGGCCGGACAUUGUGUGGUGUAAUGAGGAUUGGCUUGGUUGCAAAAGGCUUGCUGAUUAAAGAUGACAUGGACCUGGAGCUGGUCUUAAUGUGUAAAGACAAACCCACAGAAACUCUGCUAAAUACAGUGAAAGAUAACCUUCCUAUUCAAAUUCAGAAACUAACAGAAGAGAAAUACCAAGUGGAACAAUGUAUAAAUGAAGCGUCCAUUAUAAUUCGGAACACGAAAGAGCCAACACUGACUUUGAAGGUGAUACUUACUUCCCCUCUAAUUAGGGACGAAUUGGAGAAGAAGGAUGGAGGCAGCUUUCUUUGUGUGGCUCUUGCUGUCCUGGAACUAACUUUGUACACAAAAUUGGCCUCAAACUCACAGAUAUCUGCCUGCCUUUGCCUCACAAGUACUGGAAUUAAAGAAAAUGUUAUGAUGAAAGACCCUCCGGACUUAUUGGACAGGCAGAAAUGCCUGAAUGCCUUGGCUUCUCUUCGACAUGCCAAAUGGUUUCAGGCAAGGGCAAAUGGAUUAAAAUCAUGUGUAAUUGUCCUCCGCAUUCUGCGUGAUUUGUGCAACAGAGUACCCACAUGGGCACCAUUGAAAGGAUGGCCACUAGAGCUUAUAUGUGAAAAGUCUAUAGGUACUUGUAAUAGACCUUUGGGCGCUGGGGAGGCCUUGAGACGAGUAAUGGAGUGUUUGGCAUCUGGAAUACUACUUCCUGGUGGUCCUGGUCUUCAUGAUCCUUGUGAGCGAGACCCAACCGAUGCUCUAAGCUACAUGACCACUCAGCAAAAAGAAGAUAUCACCCAUAGUGCACAGCAUGCACUUAGACUAUCAGCCUUUGGCCAGAUUUAUAAAGUACUGGAGAUGGACCCUCUUCCAUCUAGUAAGCCUUUUCAGAAGUAUUCCUGGUCAGUUACUGAUAAAGAAGGUGCCGGGUCUUCAGCUCUAAAGAGGCCAUUUGAAGAUGGAUUAGGGGAUGAUAAAGAUCCCAACAAGAAGAUGAAACGAAACUUAAGGAAAAUUCUGGAUAGUAAAGCAAUAGACCUUAUGAAUGCACUAAUGAGAUUAAAUCAGAUCAGGCCUGGGCUUCAGUAUAAGCUUUUGUCGCAGUCUGGCCCGGUCCAUGCCCCAGUCUUCACAAUGUCGGUAGAUGUGGACGGCACAACAUACGAAGCCUCAGGACCAUCCAAGAAAACAGCAAAGCUUCAUGUGGCAGUGAAGGUUUUACAGGCAAUGGGAUACCCAACAGGUUUUGAUGCAGAUAUUGAAUGUAUGAGUUCCGAUGAAAAAUCAGAUAAUGAAAGCAAAAAUGAUACAGUAUCUUCAAACUCAAGCAAUAAUACUGGAAAUUGUACAACUGAGACCUCCAGUACCUUAGAGGUAAGAACUCAGGGUCCUAUCCUCACAGCAAGUGGCAAAAAUCCUGUGAUGGAGCUCAAUGAAAAAAGAAGAGGUCUCAAGUAUGAACUCAUCUCAGAAACUGGUGGAAGCCAUGACAAGCGCUUUGUAAUGGAGGUAGAAGUAGAUGGACAGAAAUUCAGAGGUGCAGGUCCAAACAAGAAAGUGGCCAAGGCAAGUGCAGCGCUAGCUGCCCUGGAAAAGCUGUUUUCUGGACCCAAUGCAGCAAAUAAUAAGAAAAAGAAGAUCAUUCCUCAGGCAAAGGGUGUUGUGAAUACGGCAGUAUCUGCAGCAGUCCAGGCAGUUCGAGGCAGAGGAAGAGGAACUCUGACAAGGGGAGCGUUCGUGGGAGCUACAGCAGCUCCUGGAUAUAUAGCUCCAGGUUAUGGAACUCCAUAUGGUUACAGCACAGCUGCCCCUGCAUAUGGUUAAUACUUUUAAGCAGUUUUCAGCACGUUUAUCUCACUUUAUUCUCGUUCUCCUCGGACCUCCGUAGCCAUAUCACUUGUAUAAAAUAGGCUGAGAUAUAGUGACUGUAAGCUGUGAUCUCAGUAUUCAAAGGUAAGCUCUUUUAUUUUCUGAUUAAAGAAAACAGUAACCAAUUAACACAACCUGCAUAUAUGACAAUCAUAUGAUGUAUUUGAUCUCUUAGGUCUUAUGUCACUUGCAUUAACUUUAAAUUUUUAUGGUCUAAAUGUAAAAUAGUAAUUUCCAGCAUUUUUUUUUGUAUUGUAAAUGCUUUAUAUUCAAGAGAAACAUUUCACAUUCACUGAAUCAAGUGCAUGUGGAUAGAAAUGUAGGAUAUAAUGUAUAUGUAAUUUAUACAUACAGAAGCACCUGUUUGAAUUCAGUUGUAGGAGCACUAUCUAAGGAGAGUUAAAACGACAGGGCACUCUCUUCUUGUUCAUGGAGCUAUGAUAUCAGAAGCAGUAAUGCUGGUGACAUGCUGUAGAAUUCAAGUGCAUUUGCUGCACAGGUUGUGGGGUAUAAGUGCCAAUCUCUCAAGAAGAUAACCUUCUCUGACCUGUGUUGCAUGCUUCAAUACAGCAACAGCUAGAAGCCAUUAAAAAAAAAAAAAGCAAUAGAGAAUCAAAGACAAAACUAUAAACUGUGGGAAGUAUAUGUAAUUGACUGAGUUAAACUAAUUAUUUAAAGAAUCACUUUGAGUGAGGCUAAGAAAAGCAAAUACUGAGUCUGCAGAAACCAAAUCUGCUUAAGGAAUCUGUCUGUCUUUUUUAAGUUGAGUAGCUAGAAUAUUAUUUCUUAUAUUCAGUCAUGAACAGAGUUCAUUAAAAGGUUGUAAGGAUUAGGCCAAACCUUACCCCACAAAUAAACCUCAUUAUGUUUGUUAGUUGUUAUAUGCUAAAGCUGUGUGUGUGCGUGCAUGCAUAAAUGAAUUUUAUGUUUUACGUUUCUUUCUAUAGCAGUUUCUGUUCAUCGCUAGCAUUAAGGCUGCUGGAACUUUGUUCCCACACAGAACCUGCAGUUCAUGAGGUCGGCUUCUGUUAAAGGCUGUACAAAGCAGAGCAGAGAAGAGCAGUGCACUGCAGUCCUGUGCCUGCUGAUGCCAGGUCCUUUUCUGGGACUGGGGAUCAGAACAGAGGCUCUGACCAGUGGAAGCAUCUUAAGACUGAAUGUUUCCUUGCUGAUGGAAUUGGCCUUGCUGUAAAUAAAUACCCUACUUUGGGAGAUAGUAUAUUAACGGUGGCAAAAGUUAUUAAUUCACUUAGUAGAUUAAUUAUAAAAUACUGAAUAUUUGUAGGCUUUUCAAUACCACAGAAAUUGGUGUUACUUGAGGAUUUCCUCAGGUAGCAUAUUUCCCUGGUAUUCUUGUUCUGGUUAUGCCUGAACUUUGCUUUGGUUAUGCCACUCAUGUUCUGCCCAAGUGUGUGGUCAGAAAAUGAGAAGCUCAGCACCACUGCAGCCCUGCUUUUGGCAGCUCUUUAUAUAGUCCUGCAAAGAACUCAAUGGGAAAUGUAAACCCUUACUACAUUCUUUCAGUGGCAGGUGAGUGUUAUCAUUAUAAGAAACCAUUUGCUGUAAUUGUCCUGGUUUUUAUUUUUCACUAAUGAUAGGAGUGGAGGAGAAGAGUCAGUAAUAUGUUAGGAAAAUGAGCUAGAGAUGUUUUUCUUCCCAAACUGUUUGGAACCUGUAACCAGGGACAUUGUAAGGGUGACAUGUGAAAGCAGCCCACUCUGAAUGGUCUGCCUUUCAUUUCCACUCUUUUAAUGCCUCAAGUCACCCAGAGACAGACAGAUGCUAUUGCAUUUAGCUUUAUUCUCUGCAACAUCUAGUGUCAGAUAGCUAGGGAUCAUGAUUUCUUAGUGUGACUAGGAGGCUUGGGGAGGGAGAUGGGUGGUUUGUCAGUGACAACAGCAGACUCAAGUACCUGGCAUCUUGAUGAACUUCAACACUGGUGUGUGUUUCUGUACCACCUAACUUACAGAGCACAGUACAGCCGAUUUAAGAUGAGUUCCCCUUUUCGUAAUAGUAUUUGGCAGAAGACUAUUUUAAGUAAAGAAUUCAUGUUGGAUUAAUUAUAUAAAUAAGUAUCCUUUUCCACCUACUAUUAUUUCAAUUGGGGAUCUUACAGCUUCCAUUAAUGUUUGAAGCAUUGAUAUUUGGAAGUUUUUAAAAAUAGAACCAUAAUGUAAAUUUGGGUUAUAUAAGAUUUACAGCAUAGUUAGAGAUAUAGAAUAGAAACCAUAUGAGAAUCUGGGCCAAAGCAUUUCUCUCACUCCAGCCCAUUUCUGUGGAACUUGGAUAUCUCAUGACUUUAUAUAUUCAAAGCUUUUAAUGGUACCUGGCACACAGCAAGUAUUCUGAACACUGACUCUGCUCUUCUGGUUAAGGUGAUAGGAUGGGUAUGAGGGAGGUGAGUCUAUGCUGAUUUAAGCAGCAGGCGUAUGGCCUGCUCAGGGUAGAGUUGGGCGUACUCCUUUGUGCUCAUAGGCUUGGGCAGCUUCCAGGCUGAGGCCAGACUUGGCAGAACAGGUUUGCUCAUAUUUCUGCUGCAGCAGUUAAAUCAGCCAACUUGCAGUCCAGGGGUUUUAUAAAUACUUGUUUAGGAUUUAUGGGUGCUUAGAAUUUUACAAGGGCUGAACUUAGACCAUCUACCUGCCAAUUCCAGUUUCCUACCCACACUGUAGUAAUUACAAAACCCACAACGGCCAGAAUCUAGUUUUCAACGCUUUUGUGUUUGUUGGUAAAGAACAAAUUAUCAUAGGAAGCAUACUAACAAUUUCUGUUGACUCAUUUUCUGUGACGAGUUCUUGUUUCAUGCUUGGACAUUCAGUGGAACACAUCGGCAGUCAUCAGCAUGUGAUGCCUUCCUCUUAUCUGACACACUUAGGGCACUAUUAGUCUAGUCUCCUGUAUCUGUCUAUCUACCUAUUUGGAUACAAUUGGGAAGUUUCUAUUUAAUACAAGGACACGUGUCUUGUUGGUAAAUUGCUGCUGCUGAACUGAAUAAAGGGCUUUUAUCUACUAUGGAAGUGCUGGCUCACACAUGCUUGCAAAGACUUGAUCUCAGAAGAAGAGGGUGGACAGGUUGAGUCCCAGGCUGGUAGGAGGUGAGUUAAGUGGAAAGUUCCGAGAUGCUGUAAUUUUAGAAAAAUUGUGGUCAAGGAUUGAUCACCUUUAAGGAGGCCGGUGAGUUAAACUUGUUACCUAGUAGAAGUUACCAUAUUCCUGCUUAGCUGAAACUGUUGUUAGAUUCUUCAUCUCACUUAGCCAGCAUUUGAAGAAAGGUUGUUAAAGUAGGCAUGCAUGCACAACCAUCAACAAAACAAACCCCUGCCAACAACAACAACGACGACAAUCUAAAAAACCAAACCACAACAAAACAACCCUGACCAGUUAUCAGAGGAGGAUCAUGGCCUUUCUUCCUAGAACUUUACCCAUUUGUGCAAGUGGCUGCAUUGCUACACAAAGGGGCAUUGUAACAAUUGCACUGUUGCGGUGCACAGGGAUGGUCCGCGUCUUGUCUUUGCUGUUGCAUGGCUCAGUGGUACAUGACCUCAGCACAGUGGCAGUUAGGACAUUGCUGGCCCGCUUCUUUGUUUGAGAUUAUUCUUCCUAGUUUCCUUUGUACAACUAACUAUCCUAAAUAGUUCAGUUAAAGGCAGCCUUUGUGUAGGACUUAGGCUUGGCCAACAUUUUGACAUUAUAACAUUGUCAUCUACAGUGUUCAUGUGACAACUGUAUAACUACCACAAAAAUUGACAGGAACUAUAUUGGGGUCAGAAGAGCUAUUUUGGAGAGUGAGCAGAUUUAACAACUCAGAAUGGGAAUGAGAAAGGAACAUUGCUAGACUUGGUGUUGUGGGCAUGUGUGGCACUGGAACAUUCCUAAUUCUGAGGCAGCCCUCUUGGAGGUGCUGUUAUUUCUGAUCUAGACAUGAAUCUAAUGUUCAGGGUUAACUGCUAGAGACAGGAAUGAAUCAAAUCUGUGUUUUUGUACCAAAGCUCCUUUUUGCUCAGUAGGCUACAAAUUAUAAUAAGCAGUGUACACUGGCCCUGAUUUCUAGGCCGCCUGUAUUAAGCAUAUCUCUGAGCAGAACAGAAUACAGGAAUUUUUUGCUUUUUGGGGGUAGGGGUCACUGAUGAUAAAAGGAUAUCUAACAAACAUAGGAUGAAGAAAAAGUGGGCUGUUGAACAGAGGAAGGUUUUGUGUCUAAAGCUUGUUCUAUUUGUAUGAAGUACCAAGAGUUCUCAUUAGCUCUUCUUUCUGGGAACGUAUUAUUCUAUGCUUGAGAAAGGUGAUCAUGGAGUUUGAGGGGUUUGCUCAUGGUGUCUGAUAUAGAGAGGUAGACCUGGUUAGGUAUAUAGUAAGGUAGCACAUCAAAAGACCCAUGCUGAUUGAAUGGUACUUGACAGUUUGGAAUGUGAGUCUUCCCUCCAUUUUAGGCCCAAGGUUCAGUGAACAUGACUUCAGAGCUGCAGGGUCUUUGGAUGUAUUUGUUUCUCAUCAUGAUGCUUGCAGGCUACUUCCCGACUUCAUCCAAUUGCUUAGGGGCAGGAAAAUGUGGGGAUCCGAUCUAUGCCCCUGAUCUAUCAUCUUUGCCAACUGACACUUUUCCUGCAAAGCAUGCUGUGCUCCAGUGGGGGAAUUGGAAGAAAGAUUCUUAUUCUAACCAAGUUCCAGAGCAUCACAGUGUAAAGGAACAGAGAUCUGGAUAGAACCCAGAGCACUGUAGCACUUUCCUUUUCUGUGCUCCAUUUCUUGCUCUGAGUCCUGCAGAUGUAGUGAUGCAUGGAAUGCUUUUCAUGGAACUAAAACCUCAGAGGUCUUUGCAAACCAACUGCUUAUUUGUGGCAAAACACUGUGGCUUCUAAUUAGUGAGUAUUGAGCCACACAGAGGAAAUUACUUUUCUGUGCUGCUCUGAGGGUUAACAGAAACUCCACUAGGAAUUAGCUUUGAGUCCUGCAACUGAAGGACCUAGAAGUUUGCUCUUAUUAGUAAAGUGACUUUACUCAAUUACAUAGUGCUUGGUGUCAGGCUCUGCAUGCUCUUGAUUGUGUCCUGCUCAGCUGGUCCUGUGCAUUCCUCACCACCCUACUUCACAAAGGCCAUUUGAUAUGUGUCCUUCUUCUGUUUGGGGCACAUUCUACUUAUCCUUCUUCUAGACUUUGGGGACUAUACAGUGUGUGCCUUAUAAAAUGGAACAAACAGAACCAAUCGAGCUCUUCUUUUCCCUUUCCUGCCCUAGCUCAUGUUCUCCCUGAUUCCUGUGGAAAUGGAUUGCUAAUCAGCUCUAAGCUAGGAAGCCUGGUUUUUUGCUAGUGGCACAGUGGAAUAUUAAUAGUCUUGUAAUGUUACCAAAACCGUAUAUAAUGAAGUACAUCUUAGUGGAUGCGCUUGGAGAAAUUCUGGGCUUUUAGAAAUGUGAUCUAUUUUUUUGGGGGGGGGGUUGGCUAGUCCACAUGUGUAGAAUCUGUCCUACAUAUUUGAGUCUACAUUAAGAAAAAAUAAUGGAUAUCCUCCUCUGAGAUGUUAAAACAAAAUAUGGAGAUUGUCACUUGAGGAACUCAGAAAAGCUUACGUCACCUAGAAACAAGGUCAAAGGACCAGGAUGUCAAGGCCAAUGAAGGGGUGGCCUUAGGCAAACAUGGAUAGUCUUACCAGUUAUUUUAAAGGAUCUUUAUUUACUUAUAUGUGGUUCAAGAAGGGUAAAGACAACUAGUGGACAGUUUGACGUGAAGGUGCUACAGGAGUGCAGGUGAGGUGCUUUAGAAGAACACAAGGUAAGAAAGAAGUGUGACUGUGGGAUGCUGAUAGCAUAUGCUGAAGCCUUUGGUGGUGCAUGAGGAAGACUGAGUUCAUAAUAGUCUUAGCUGUGCAGUGACACCCUGUCAAAAGCAACACCACAGCUAGUUGCUUUGGGUGGUGUAGAAGAAAUUGUGCCAUGGGAUGUCCAUUUUAAUCACCUGUGAAAGGACUGGGCUACACUGCUGGAAAUAGCUCCUCUUUCUUCAGCAUAUAAACUUGCUGAGAGAAACCUUCACUCCAUUUCUUAACCCUCUACUUUGGCUGUGCUCAGUGUUGGGAAUGCCACAUGAUGAGGUUUUCAGCCUAGGAGAACUGAACAAUGACAAAUGACCAGGUGUAAGGAGCAGGAAAGGGAGGUCAGGAGGUCUAAGCAGAAUCAGAGCUGUUCUCCGUAGUAGAAUUGCCAAAGCCAGCUGUUCUGCUCUACCUGCUCAUAGGGAUCAUAUUCCUGGUUUCAGGGUUGAUGUCUAAUAGGCCCAUUUUCAGUUUUGAAGAGCAUGGGAAGAAGAGCCAUGGGGUGAGUUGACUUAGAGCAUAGGAAGGGCAGAGUCAGAAUUGCAGUAGUCCUUGUCCAAGUGACUCAGACCUUCAGAUGGUAUAGCACAGAGCAAUGAGGGGAUUCUGGAGGGGACCUUGGCAGGGAUGUCUGUGACCAGAAGAAGGCGCAGCCUGUUACAUCUCGUGAAAUGGUUAAUAGGGUGAGAUAGUAGGUGGGAGUUAUUUUCCAGAACCACCUUUUGAAGAGCCCUGGGUGCUGUUUUGUGAUUACUAUUCUUCAGUGUGGUAGGGAAAUUGUGAAAGAACAGCCAGCCAAGAGCCUCAUGGUUGGACUGUUGAGAAGGGGGCUGUUGCCACGCCCAGUAAGGAUGGAGGGAGUUGCCAGAGCUGUAGCAGAGAUGGGCAGCAGCAGUCUCUGCUCAGAGGUCUGGUUGCUCCAUUGCACUGUGGAGGGCCACGUCUGUUCUUCAUAAGUAGAUGUGAUGGGCCAUCCUAUCAGGAGGGUGGUGCUGCCUCAGACCAGGAAGGUCAUGUUUAGAGCCCCUGGGGUGGAGCAAGGGCUCCAAUGGUGCUGUGGGAAGACGGCAUCAGGCAUUCCCCCCGCCCCACCCCUUUUAUUUUUAACAAGGCUGGGUCUGCCCAUUACAACAUGAUAGGUACUAGAUAUUCUCUUAUACUGGGGUCUUUUGCUUUCAUUUAGAUUUCUUUUUUUAAUUUUAAAAAUUUAGCCUGUGUAAGGGCAAGUGCCUUUUGGGGUGUCUGUAUAGUAUAGGCUAGCCAUUGGAAAGCAAUUUUCUCUAUAGAGGUUCUUAAGGAAGAAAAAGAUAUGUGAUUACUAAAGGGUUAAUGUCCAUCUAGCCAUGUCUCUUGGGUGUCAUGGACAGGAAACCAGGUGGGAAUCACAAGGAGCAUAUUUUUUUUUUUUUUUUUUUUAGUGCUGGGAAUGUGUAUGUGUGUGUCUGUGCACGUGUGUGCGCGCGCAUGCUCUUCAAAAGUAGGGCCUAUUACAUAGUAGGCUGCUACUAUACCAGUGAGUGAAUCAGGAUGGAUUUCUGUGCUACUGAAUUUAUGUACCUCUUUUGGGGACUAGACUGGAGGUAGCUAUUAUUUGGAGGCCCUAGGUCAGAACUUUGGAAAAGUUAAAGGUAUUUGUGAUACCAAAUCUGUCAGUGAGAACUCCAGGGCCAUAUAGAUGUCAUCUUCUCAUCUGUUACAAUGAAAAUCUGUUGCGAGCUCUCCUCCUACCCUAUGCCAACAACCUUUUCCUUUCCAGAAUCCUUCCAGAAUUUACUCACCACAUUGGAGAAUGGUAAAGAGCUGGAUGGGUGGAGUGAGCAUUGUGGGGCACACAGUUGCUACCACACUCUAAACUCUGCAGCAUGAAAUUACCUCAGAUGGUAUAGGCGUUGGUCUGUGUGGCAGGGUCUAAUCACUUAUUACUUACAUACCAGGCCAGAAGCUAGCCCUGGCCUUAGACUGUAGAAGAUUAUUUACCCUUUUAUAUUUGCCGUUUGGCAGGUUCCAGCUCUCCUAUGCACAGGAAAGUGCAGAUCCCAUCAGCAGGAAGCGACAGGUACACACUGCUGGGCAAAGAGUGAGACAGCAGGGCUCAGGAAGGUCCAUGAUGAGCUCCCAGAGUAGGGAAGAUGUUUGCGUUGGGGAAAGCCCACGGGAGGCAGCAGCUAUGUAGUUAGACCUAGAGGAUGAUGUGGUUUCUCCAAGAGAACAGGUCCAGAUGGUAGAGAGGUUGUGUCUCAGCUACAACCUCUGUGGGGGUGACGACAGGCUGAGGAGUGCAGAGUAUUCUCUAGGUGGUGGGUAGUUGACAGAUGAGUUUAGGAGGGUCAAGUGACCACAGCCACAUUACAUUGAAUAAUGUCACUCUGAUCAUGGUAGACAUGCCUGUGACUACAAAUGAUAACUCUGCUUAGUGUGGGUCAGAUGUGUACGGGGUGAGGCACUCUUAGAAUCAUGAUGAAAAGUACAGCUGGAAUGUUGGAAGGUUUUUGUGCCAGGAUGCCUUCGUGAUGAAUGAGUGGUGUCACAUGACAAUUCUUCAGGCCUUUUCUCUCUUGUGAGCCUAGAUAUCACUAACAACCUUGCUCUUUUUUUGUAUCCAGGCCAAUUUUGGCUUUGGCCCGGUGUUUCUAGGGUAAAAUUGUGAACACAUAUCCCCAUCCUUACCCCCUUUAGAACCAAAUCACAGAGCAAGAAAGCUGUAUGGAAUGUAGACACACUUAAAGCCAGUCCUUGCAGCUUUCUACUGACAGCUGACUACUGUCCUGGUGCAUCCUGGCCUGGAGGGUACCCUCUCUUCCAGGUAAUUUCCUCAGUGCAGCUUUUAGCCAGGUUGAAAGCAGCUUUCAUUUAGAAAGUUUCAGCAACAACUGCUUGCUUUCAGUCAGUUUUUGUCAUCUGCAGACAUUCUGCAAGGUGGUAUGCUUAGGAGACAUAUUGGGUGUCUCAAGCCUGUCUUCACUCCCUCUAGUGCAAUGGUUCUCAAUCUUCCUAAUGCUGCUAUCUUUUUAAUACAGGUCCUCACUUUGUGGUAAACCGCAACCAGGAGAAUAUUAUUAUUUUUUUUGCUACUUCAUAAUUACAAUUUUGCUAUUGUUAUGAAUCAUGCCACAGGGGUCUUGCUGCCUGGUCAGAUAUGGGAUACCUCUUUUGGUGAUAGAAGAAGCAUUCCUCAACAUUUUCUAGAGAAGUUUCUGGGUUCAUGGGAGGGAAGAUGAUUUGUGUAUGGAAUAGAAGGGAGUCUGGCUUUGCCUUGAUAGUGUGCAAGUCUGUCUAUAGCUGAUACUAGGAAUAUAUUCUCUUUCUGGUUUUUCAAGACAGGGUUUCUCUGUGUAUGCCUGGCUGUCCUGGAACUCCAGCUAUAGACCAGGCUACUCUCAAACUCAUGGAGAUCUGCCUGCCUCUGCCUCCUGAGUGCUGGGAUUACAGGGUAUGCACCACCACAUUCGGCUCAGGAAUAUUCUUUUAUUUGGCAGCCAAGUUCUGAAAAGCGCUAUAGCCUCAUAGGGUGGUUUUUGUCACUUGGCAUGGAAUCAGCCAAUGAUAGACCUUUGCCUGUUGACUGUAUCAUAGCCUUCAGUUACAGGCUUAAUGCCAUGAUGAUGGUCAACAUUUUAAAUAAAAAUCUAUGUCCCUUAGCUAUUUACACUGUACUUGGAGCCAGAAAAAUGUUUUUAUUCCUAGUCAGUCAGUCAGUCAGUCAGUCAGUCAGUCAGUCAGUCAGUCAGUCAGUCAGGGAAAUGAAUCAAGAGUAAGGAGAGGAGUAUUAAGGUAGUUAUAAAGACUGUCUUUCAGGUUCUUCCUGUAACGUGGAAAGUUGCAAUUCUAAUUUCUGGUUUCUUGCCUUUCACUGAGUGGUUGAUAUGCUCCACCCUUCCUGGCUGAGUGUACCUUCCCACUCUGGCCAAGGAACUUGGCUGUUGUUUAGUGAAUCAGAAACAGGACACAAGGAUCUAAGUAUAAACCUGUCCCCUGAACAUAGUCAUGUACCAGCUGACCCUCAAGGUAUCAGUGGUAUCCAUUUGUGAAGAAAGAUUUGGAUGUGAGCCCCAUGAGCCUACAUUCCACAAGUACUCUACUGUUAACCUGACCCAAGGAUAGAAAUGUUGCUGCUACCAUAUGCAUGAAGCCCCUUCUCUAACAUUCAUCUUUUAUGCUCAGGCUGCCUGGUGCCAUCAGGUAGUGUUCACUCCUCACAAAGAAUCUAAGGAUGUUGAGUGCUGUUUUUUCCUCCUAGCCCACUCCCACGGUAGUGGUGUGGGUGGUCUUACCUACCCUUAUUCAUGUUUCUGGAAAAGCAUAUUUAGUUGCAGAAACUGCCGGACUUGGCCAGAGCAUCCUUAGCCUGUCUAGGGUCCUUGCUUUGUAUCCCAGGAACUGGGAGUAGCACUGGGCUCAUGAAGCACACCAAGGCUCAAAAAACAAGUACUUUGUUGUCCAGGAGAAAACCUGCCUUUUGGAGAGUUACAGGUGGCAUUUUUCUCCUGGCUUUAGCUUAUUUGGGUCUGAUGUUGGCCAAGUUAGUGCUUAGGAGUCUGUUUAUAAUGCCCAUUUGUAUUUACUGUUUUCCCAAGUAUACAGUGUAAAUAGCAUAAUUUGCAGUACAAAGUCUUUGGCAAUAAUUUCAUGAUGUAUACUGUUAAACAUUGGAAACCACAAGCACCACGGACUGCCCCUUGCUUUCUGGGCCUGUGGUGACAUGUAGACUCUGGACUUUCCAAGUGUCAACGUGCUUGAAGCAGCAGCCUGCAUGUGUGGACUAUCAUCAGUGCCUCGCCCAGAGAUGCCUGGCCUUCAUCCAAAGGGACCCUGCGAGCAGCACCCACACUGCGGCUCCUUUGUGUGGAAUAUGUUGGACUCUGCCAUAGACUCCUUGUCUGGCUGCUGCGGUUUGUAAUGCCUUGACAUGUUGCAUUUCUUUCCCAUUUGGAUGAAUAAAAAUAAACGCUGUGUAAAAUA